AUGGUACAACCUAAUAUGAGUACGAGGCGCACUUCGGCUGGAAACGGCCAGAAGAGAGCCUACGCGUGUUCCCCAAGCAUUGAGGCAGCGGGUGCAGCAUCAUCAGUUCCAAAUGAGACGGGUAAUAUGACACGCGGUGGUAAUCAGGCUGAUGAUUCAUCUUGGACGCCUCGAAACGCCUCGAAACGCGUCCGCUUCUCGGACCCCGGUCCGUCCCCGGAUGACAGAGCUUCUGAUGCGUCCACGGGACUUACCCCAGGCUUAAAACGCACGUCGCUUCUCGAUAGACUGCGAAGCACGCGUCGUCGAUCAGGUCCUUUGGCCGAGAUCCUUUCGGACGCCUCCAUCGGUUCUGUAACUACCAGGCGAGCAAAACCAACCGCCUUGUUGAGUGAAACUGACGACAGUCGGACCCGUCGCCGGCUUUUCCGAGCUCGUAUCAGUGAUGAGAUGAAUAAGGCCGAAAACGAGAGAAGAGACCUGAGGAGAGCAAAGGCGCAAAUUGCGUCUCUAUCCAGGCAGCUCGAAAAAUACCGACCCGCUUCAGAUAACAACUCAUACGAUCCGUCCGACAGUGAUGAGGCAAUUCCUCUAGAUGACUAUACCAUGGGCGAUUCUAUGCUCAUGUCGAGUUCACCGGCAUUUAGACGCCACCACGACGGUCGUAGUUCGGAUUCAGAUCACUUCCCAAGCCCGGAACCGUUCUCUCCAAUUACUCCCACGGCCGGAUCCAAUACCGAAUAUCUCAUCGUGGAUGAUCAUCCGUCGGAGGAGCUGGCUUCCGUAGCGGAAGAGUUAGCUGCUGCGCGAAAAGAGAAGCAAGACCUCUUCAUUGAAUGGCGCAAGCUACACAGCCAGUCCUCUGCUCAACCGGGAGCAGACGACACCGACCCUCCAGCUGAUUUCAUGAAACAAAUUGUGCCACAACUGGAAGCUGCUAUUAGAAAGGAGUCAGACCUUCGCCAAACCUUGAAGACGGCCCAAGAAGAACUCACCAGCAUGGGGUUCUCAGGACCCAAUAUGCACGCGAUACUUUCUGAGAUUCGUAGCGCUUUCGCAACCGCACGAUUGGAACUGGAGAACAUCGUGCCUGGCGAGACAGCCGCCGGUCUCUUUGACUGCAAAGCGACACUCAAGGCCCUAGUCGACCGUCUUCGACAGAUUGGUGGUGCUCUACUCACCGAGCGAAGGCGUGCAGACUCAGCAGCUGAUUCCCAUCGUUUACUCACGGAAAAGUUUCAGGAGGCGCUCAAGGAACGUGACGAUGUGCAGAAAAAACUGAAGAGGAGUGAAGAAUCUCCGGAGAGAAAUGCUGAAGAUACGCUUCACUUACGAACUCGCCUACAAGAGCUAGAGGAAGAGAUCCGCGAUCAAGCAAUAUCGAUCGACCGAAAAAACAAAGAGCUCAAGCGAUAUGAUGCAGAAGAAAAAAAUUAUGAGCGACUUAUCGAGGAGCUAGAACAAGAGAUCAAAGAGAAUCAUGACAAUAAACGAGAACUGAGUCAACAAGUUGAGGAAUUAGAAGAAUCACUGGCCGCUGCCGAGCAUACGGCCGCUGAGUGCCUAGGAACUAUCGAAAUGCAAGGAGAUUCUCUCAAGAACAAACAAGAGGAUAUCGAUAAACUUGCCGCACGUGUCGAGGGAGUGCUUGCUGAGAAUGCGCUCCUGAUUGAUGCGAUGACAAAGCAAGAGGAAGAACUUGGAUGUCUCAACGCUCGCCUCGCCGAGCAGGCGACAGAACUCUCUGCAGUGAGAGAUGAACUAGCUGAAACAGAAAAUGUCAAUGAUAUGUUGGAGGAGCUCAACAAGCAGGAAGCUCGCACCCGCCACCGUAUCGAACGGGAGGUCGCUGAAACAUUUACGAAACUCCAGGGAAUCUUUGAUCACGAGAGGAAGGAGGAACAACGCCGACAGACAACGAGCAACAUAAUCAAGGGAGAAAAUUCCAACAAGGUUGAAGGAUCUGAACCUAGUCUUCCUACAAAUUCUCCGUUCAAGAAAUCUGGAAGCGGUCCCUCAGAGAAUGUGCGCUUGGGUCGCGGGAAGGAUCGUCGAACUCUGUUCAGCAGCGAUCUUGAUAGCGGUAUUGGCCCGUCCGACCAUGCAGGGCCCAAGACGGAUCCACCUGUGGGUUCUGAUGCUUUCUUGACUGCUGUUGGCCAAGAAGAGCUCAUUAAUGAAGAACAUGUUGAUGAAGAACAUGUUAGUGAAGAGCAUGCUAACGAAGAGCUCGCUCACAAUGAGAAUAUGGACAAAGGACUUCCUGAUGAUAUCCUUUGGGGCAACGUUGGCGCAGAAUAUCAUGUCGAUGAAGACCAGAACAUUGAGUGAAUACAAAGAUUAACAGCUAUAUCGUCUUCUGAUCAUACAUAUUGGUCGUAGCCACUUGUUCAAUGAGGCUUGUCCCUUCCUUUCGAAAUUUCCUUUGUACAGUUUCGGAUUUCUUCUACCUCUCUUGUUCUUUGUAUAAUAAGGGAAGCGUUUUUUUAUCAUUUUAGUGUACUAUCCUUGCCGAUUUUUUCUCUCUGUUGCAUUUUCAG